UGUCGAGCGUUUUACAAGUAAUCUAUCACAACUGUCUCGAAGAUGUCAUUGGUUAUUUAUUGACGAUCUCUGAUAAUCAACGCGUAAUCUGACGAGCAGACAAUUAAUAUUCUCGCCUCUUCACUUUUUCUUCGUCAUUUGCGGCUUUCGAUAAAUAGUUUGAUGUUUUCUUCAGGAAAAGAUAAUCAAUCUUUUGUAUGCGCUUCUUAUAAGAAGAUUUUUGAUUUAAACACUUAGUGAUACACGCAAAUUAUUUGCCAAUUACUGUCUCGCGAUAAAUGUGUGGUGAAAAAAAACCUCAAUUUAAUAUUCUUCAUAGUUCUUUGUUCUCAAAGCACACGCGCGAGAAGUUCUGCAAUUGAUAAAAUUGAUGAAUUCUCAUCAGAUGCUUCAUUAUUUAUUGUUUGUUUGUAAGAUUUCGCUGGAAUUUGUGGUGUUUGCAGUAAAAACAGGGCGUGUAAUUUCAACUUGAGUGUAGACGUAGAAACACUCACAGAGAUCAAAUUUACGAGGCUGUUGAGAAAAGUGAGACACUGUUUCUUUUUGGUGCUUUUGCAUAUUGAUAAAGAUAUCCCGGAAAAAAAUACAGUAGCACACGCAUGAAUUGGAGGCAAAGAUUGUAAUUAUUAUGGUGUUCAUCUUUAAUUUAUGAGUCUUUAUAAAUAGACACGCUCCGGAAAAAUGGAGAGGGAAAACGUCACUCUCUUGGGAGUCAAAGGAUUUCGUCAUCUGCAACUUGAAAAGCGUGAAUGCGAAGUACAGUUCUGGGACAUAAUGUUAAGGGCUCUUAAGAUAAUUCAUUGAAUAUUGACUGUAGUCUGUAGUCUUUUUGUAUAUCUGUUACUUUGACUCCUGAUGAGCUCGGCUACUGAGGAGAAAGAUUUUAAAACUUUUCACGCACUCUUGGUGACACUGUACAUCACUUUCGACCUCAAUAUCCCAUCUCUCCCUUGGGAUUUUGCUAAUUUGCUUAGAGGAAUGCAAAAUUGGCAAUAACAAUUAACAUUUCUUUCCGAUUGACUACAUUCCCACAGCGAAAAUGUGAUUCAUUUAACAGGAGUGUGCCUUUUAUGUUCCACAGCCAUUUGCUAUCUCUCUGUAAGAUCAACAGGGAAUUUUCCGAUAGGCAAUGAAGGAGAGCAUAAUCUUUAGCGAGAGGGGAAAUGUGGGAAAGCCUGCGCGUAACUGCUCGCCACGUGACUGUAAAUAGACUCCCUCUCCGAAGCGCUGAGCUGAGAGGUCUAUCGGCAAUUGCUUGGCCACCAGAUCAAAUCAGUCCCAUUUGGUUGCUUGUCGCGAAUCAAUCGGCCGCUCUCUAUCUAGCAAUUAGCAGACAGUGUCGCUCAUGUCUCGACUUCAUUAGUGGGAAAAACUCGCAUUCUUAUCGCCAGUGCGGAUUUCUCUUUUGGUUGGAGCUAAAACUCGGUGUGACACAGUGUUCAGCAGAAUCUUGGGAGAGAACGUGGUUAAGACGAAAGAAAGAGGCGAAAAAAGCAGCGUGUAAAUGGCAGUGGAAGCGUGUGAGGUUGAUAAAAAGUUCCUGCCUGACAAAAAUGGGAAUCAUCGCGUGGACUCGCGAUCGUCAAUCAAGAGACAGGUUUUGGCGAGUGUCGUGGCGAAUCUCACGGUUCUGUCCUCUGGCAUGGGCCUGGGAUAUCCCGCCACGACACUCUCCCUGCUCACAGAUCCGACCAGCGCUGUGGCGCUGACGGAGGCUCAGGGCUCCUGGGUGGCGUCCAUCAACACAAUCUUCAGCCCAGUCGGCGGCUUGAUUGCCAGCUACACGCUGGACAAGUUCGGGCGCAAGAACACUCUGAUGGUCAUCAACAUCCUGUCCAUAAUCUCAUGGGCAGUCAUCGCAUUCUCCAGCAAAAGCGACGUCAAUCUGAUGUACAUGGAAAUCAUCGGCGCAAGAAUACUUAUUGGCAUUGUCGCAGGGCUCUCGAGCUCGCCAUCGGCCGUCUAUUCAGCUGAAAUCGCGAGUCCCAGGCUUCGAGGUCGUCUCACGGUCUUCACCUCAGUGUCAAUCUCCUCCGGAGCCCUUGUCAUCUACGUUCUUGGCUACUUCAUCAAGAACGACUGGCGCCUCGUGAGCGGAAUUGCUGGAAUAAUCUGCGUUUGUGCCUUCUGCGCGCUAUACUUUGUACCGGAAUCACCACGAUGGCUGCUGAUGAAGAAUCGCGUGAGUCAGGCGGAGAAAUCCUUGAAGCGUCUCAAUGGGAAGCAUCAGAAUUGCCAGGAGGAGCUGCAGCAGCUCUCGCAGCAGAUCCGCGGCAAUCAGGAGAUUCCGGGCAAGAGCUUGUCGCGCUGGGAAAUGCUGCAGCGUCCUGAGUUCUACAAGCCUCUGGCUAUCAUGAUGGGCUUUUUCACAUUCCAACAAUUCACAGGAACCUUCGUCCUCGUGGUGUACGCUGUGAAAUUCAGUGUCUCGGCUGGUGUCACGAUGGAUCCCUUCCUUUUCACUGUCAUCCUUGGCGUAGCGCGUGUCGCAGGAUCAAUAAUUCUGGGUGGCUGCUUGGACGUUCUUGGACGCAGAUUGCCCACAAUUGCCGGAGGAAUCCUGGUGGGUGUGAGUCUCUUCGGCAUUGUCCUGUGCAUGUGGAAUCCCUGCCCGAUGACCAACUGGAUCGCUGGUUUUCUCAUCUUCUUCUUCGUCCUCACCAGCACUGUGAGCUUCUUGGUCGUUCCCUUUGUCAUGAUCGCCGAGAUUUACCCUCAGCGCAUGAGAGGAUUCGCCUCAGGAAUCACAGUGUCUUACGCUUAUGUGCUCUGCUUCCUCUGCAUCAAGAUCUAUCCCACUCUCUUAACCACGAUUGGGAGUGACUACAUCUGCUUAAUGUACGGAACAAUGGCUUUCCUGGGCGUUUUAUUCGUGUACAACUUCCUGCCAGAGACCAACAAGAAGACUCUCCAAGAAAUUGAGGACUUCUUCGUGAAGAAAAUCAGAAGCAUCAGAAGUUCCAGGAUGUCGGACAAGGGUGAGAAGGAUGGCUCUCCGCCGCCGUCAAUCAAUGUAAUUGUUGUGGAAGAAUCAAUUCCGAAAGACAGCGACGAUGCUGAGAUUGUGGCCAUAAUCAAGAAGAGGUACAUGAACGACAUUCCAAUCGUCAUUCCCAGGAGAAAAAAUGCUUCUCUGAAGAAAGUGGAAGAAAAGCAAUCGAGCAUCAAAGAGACUGAUUCCGAGGAUUUUGUGAAAGGUUCAAAUAAACAGGAUAAGGAAGUUCAGACGCAGACAAUCUGCGUCCUCUCGAAGAUCGUUGCUGAUUAUCAGAGAAGAUUGGAUCUCAUGGUGUGUCUCAACAUGCUAUCCACUGGCAUGUCUCUGGCCUAUCCUGCACUCCUCUUUGACAACUUCGAGAGCCACGUGGAGAGCCACGAACCCCAGUCUCGACUUGAGUCCCGAAGUUUCAACUUCAAUAAGGAAGAAAAGACUUGGAUCAGCUCACUGAACAUCCUCACGCCGAUUCUGGGCGUGAUUUUGUCAGGCUUCUUCAAAGCUCGCGGCGGCAAGAAAACCUUUAUUCUCGUCGGCCUUAUUAACACGUUGUCCUGGCUCAUGAUGUACCUGUCUUUUUUCUACACAUUGCGAGAAUACUGCCUGGCACAGAUCCUCCUGGCGAGGUUCUUUCACGGAAUAUCUUCUGGGUUCAUCCGACUCAUGGCAAUGAUAUUUGAGGCGAAAAAUGCCUUUACGAAUCUCCGAGGAGCGCUCACACUUUUACCAGCGAUUUCACUGAGCUUUGGAAUACUUCUAGUGACAAUAUUCGCAAUAAUCUUUUCGAAAAAGUGUGCGCUCAUCUGCAUCGGUUGCUGCAUUGUAUGCUUGUUGACGACAAUUGUGACGAUAAUGGUCAAGGACAGCCCGGAAUUUUCGAUGGAAUCCCCAGAGGAUGACGAAGAAUUCGUCAUCAAUCGACGCAUUGGAAAAUCGGAUAAUGAAGGCUACAGUUUGAUCUUCGUGCGAAAUCUGCAAGAAGUAAUAUCCUUUGGCAAGAGAAAAAUCAUCAUUAACGAUGAUUAUCGGGAUUUCAUUCGUCAUUUUCGGCACAAACACCUCCACAAGCCCAUCUUGCUUUACUUAGUGAUCGCUGUGUUCUUCGUCUUUUCUGGCUUCACGCCGUUUUGCGUCUACACAGGAUUCAUCCUGAAAUCCCUGGACGUGAAGCACGUGGAGUACGUGACUCUCGGUCUGAGCAUCACUAGAUUAACCGUGAGUUGCUUAGCAAUGCUGUGCAUUCUGAAGACCGGAAGGACGUACAUCUUCAUGGCUAGUGGUUUGAUGAUGACCGGAAGUCUGGCCGGCAUAAUCCUCAUGAAGAACUUUCUCGAUGAUCACUCCACGAUGAUCGCCUUGUUCGCCACGCUUUUCGUCUUUUUCAACUAUUUGGGCUUCGUCAGCAUGAUUCACGUCCUGAUGGCAGAAAUAAUGCCACGAAAUUUCCGCUCGACAACCUCUUCGCUGUUCAUUGUCUUCCACUGCCUCAUGAGAUUCCUCAUAAUCAAGACAUUCCCGGCUUUCACUGAAGCCAUUGGCAUUGAUUAUGUCCUGAUGAUAUUCUCCAUCUUCUCCUUCCUGUCCGUCCUCUUCGUCCUGUUUUUCGUUCCGGAGACGCACAAGAAGACCGCCGAAGAAAUUCCGCAACUCUUUGGUGCGCAGUAGAAAAAAAAAUCUCUCCAUGUGAAUCAAGCAUUAUCUCUGCCCGUUCGCAAUAGUGUUUCUGGGCAGAGUCAUUAUCAAGGUUCGCAUGGGCUUUUAUCAGUACAACAUUCGCAGAGUUCACGAAGCGACAGCGCAAGAGAAAAUAAAUUGAUAAUACAUUAAAAUCAUCGCCAAUCGUUUAUUAAAACAUCUCAAAUUCAUUCUUUUAUGUCUUUUUGCACCUGAAUCGCCCAAAGAUCGCCAGUUGACCUUCGCUAUCAUCCAACAUUAUUAAAAAAAUUUAUCAGACGAGAAAUCAUUGCGAUAACGUAAUUCUCUGGGUUUAUCUUCAAGAGACAAAAUUUCUGAGUGCAAGUCGCGCGUUUUUCUCUCAUCGCGUAAAAUAUAAAUAAAUUCGUGGAGUGAGAGUGUAAUAAAAUGUGGUCAAAAAUAGAAAAAAAAGAAGAGAGAAAAACCCACCAACACAAUUUCCAUCUUAUGUGUCCAGUUCGUUGUGUAUUAGAGCUUCUAUUUAUCUCCUAUACACGCACUUUCUAUGUACAAAUGUCAAGUUCGGACACUGAAACCUCGAUAGACGAGAGCUGAAAUUUCUAAGGAAAAUUAAGACACUGGUUAACACUUCGUUGUAUCCGAGAAUAAAACCUAAAAGGAUUCUUGAACACAAGAA